AUGAAUCCUUCUAGUGGAGACACGUUAAGCGAGCUUCAAACGCUAUACUGUCCCCCAGUGGACUCUGCGUUAUUUGCGGCCCUGGCGUCUGAUUUCGACCUAACAGACCCGGCAGCUGUCGAGGAACUUAGUCAAAUCCUUGCUUCCAUCAAAGAAUCUGCUCUAGAGCAAGAAGAUCUUCCAUUUGAUCCGACAGGAACAUUCAACCAUGAAAAUAAUGAUACUGGAGUAGGCGACUUUGACUCCUCGCAUCACACAUACCCUAAUGGGCAAAAUACUUCACACACCCGAACGGAUACGUCAAGUCAUACAUCCAACUUGAUUUCAAGUGAGAAUGACGGAAGAUCCUCUUCUCAGAGCAAAUCUCAGGGUGCGUACACGGUGGGGACAGAUGGCUCCCUGCAAUUCUCAAGCGGGUCGGACGAGGAAACAAUUGAGUCACUCGUGCAAAUGUUUCCCACGAUAUCUCUUCUUGAUAUCACACAAAGUCUGAAGAAGAGCGGUGGGGAUCCCACCAAAUGCAUGGAUGUUUUGCUCAAUUUGGCCUUUUUCGACGAGUCUCAAGUAGCCGAUGAUGACGCGAAAAUCGCUGUACCAAAAGGAAUAGAUGGUUUCCUGGAAGGUAGCGGUGACAUCGGCUAUGUCAAAGGGGGCAAGAAAAAGCGGAGCAAAAACCAGAAGCUGCGACAGGGACCCGGUCAUUCUUGCAAUGGUUCCCUUCCUCAAAAUAAGUGGGAGAUUGGCAAGGCAGACAUCGAGUUCAUCUCUUCGCGCACUCCGAAUAUCCCCAAAGAAAAGGUGUCAUCCAUUUACCACGCUAACGGAGGGUCUUUAUUUCCCACCAUCAGAUCGAUUGCUCUUGCCAACUGUCCAAAGGACGUGCACGAGAUUGAUGAUGAUCCUGUCAUGCUCACACAAGUGGCCGAGCUCGCCGGAGCAUUCCCCAAUCUCCAAAACACCACUCUGAUCGGGCUUUUAAGAGUCACAAAUAACAUGCCCUCGGCGGCGGCUGACUUUGCAACGGUGCUGGCUCGGAGGCCUUCAUUGUCUGAUGUGUCGAACAUUAUCAAGUUCACUGCAGCACCCAUCGACCUUAGUGAGGAAGACAAUGUCGGCGCCUCUGGUUCGGGGAGUCGACGCAGUGAGGUCGUCGCGGAUGGUUCUGAUUAUGCGCAGGCAACAGCGGCAGCGAACGCCCAUUUUGCGGCAGGCUCCACCGCCUACAAUCAAGCACGCGAAAGCUAUCGCCGUUCCAAGUCGAAUCACCUCUUUUCUGCUGCGACGGCAGUCUACCGAGAAUCCGCAGAAGAAAAUUUCAAGCGUGGAAGAGCCCAACUCUCGCUUGCGUCUGAUCGCCUUGUGGACAGCCAAUCUUCUAAGUACGAUUUAGAUCUUCACGGCAUCACAGUUGCCAAUGCGGUUCGCAUUGCUCGCGAGCGAGUCCAAAAUUGGUGGGACAAUCUUGGCGAUGCUAAGUAUGUUCGUGGGGGUGGUAAACAUGUACACGGUGGUUAUAAGAUCAUCACUGGUGUCGGCAACCACAGCCACGACGGCACAUCUCGUCUCGGACCAGCAGUUAGCAGGAUGCUCAUUCAGGAAGGCUGGCGAGUGGAGAUUGACCGAGGGUUUUUGUUGGUCACGGGCGCUGCCCGUGCCCGUUAA